AUGAAGGCAACAUUGAGAUACUUAGCAGGAAUUGCAGGGCCAAGUGGUUUUGGCUCAAACUCAACUGCUGAACAUGUUACUCAAAACUGCUCUCAGUUUCUUCCUUCCAAUCUAACUGCUCUCAUCACUGGUGGCACUUCUGGUAUUGGAGCAGAAACAGCUAGAGUGUUAGCAAAAAGAGGAGUGAGAGUUGUGAUAGGUGCAAGGGAUUUGAGGAAAGGAAGAGAAGUGAGAGAGAAUAUUCAAAAAGAGAGUCCAAAUGCUGAGGUUAUUCUGUUGGAGAUUGAUCUCAGCUCUUUUUGUUCUGUACAAAGAUUUUGUUCUGAGUUUUUAACUUUAAAUCUUCCACUUAAUAUUCUAAUAAACAAUGCUGGCAUAUUCUCUCAAGAUUUGGAGUUCUCUGAAGAAAAAAUUGAGAUGACAUUUGCUACAAAUUACUUAGGACAUUUUUUGUUAACAGAAAUCUUACUAGACAAAAUGAUUGAAACCGCGGAAAAAAUAAGUUUUGAAGGAAGAAUAAUAAACGUUUCGUCUGUCAUACAUAGCUGGGUGAAGAGAAAUGGGUUUUGUUUCACACACAUACUCAAUGGAAAAAACUAUAAUGGAACACGAGCUUAUGCUCAAUCGAAAUUGGCGAAUAUUUUGCAUGCUAAAGAAAUAGCCAGACAACUCAAGGCAAGGAAUGCAAGAGUAACUAUGAAUGCAGUUCAUCCUGGUAUUGUGAAGACAAGAAUUAUUAACAAGGGCUUAAUAACAGAUUCCUUAUUUUUCAUUGCAUCAAAGUUACUCAAAUCUACAUCUCAGGGUGCAUCAACAACAUGUUAUGUGGCUUUGAGUCCAAAAACAGAAGGAAUGAGUGGAAAAUACUUUACAGAUUGUAAUGAGACUAAGUGUUCUGGCUUAGCAAAUGAUGAAUUAGAAGCUCAGAAGUUAUGGAACAACACUCAUGCCUUGCUUCAAAAACGACUGCACGUAGCAGCAAUUUGA